UCCAACACUAGUACAUACAUAGCUUAUUUUUAACAUUUUUCGACGUGAGAUGUGCAUUUUCUAUCAAAGUUUGUGCUUAACCAUGUAAAAUUAAAUUAGACAUUAGUGUAGCAUUAUUAACAGUUAGUGCAAAGUAAGCAGAAACUGUUGUAUAAGUGUAAAUUGUUAGCUUAAGCAAGUACCCGUAUACACAUACACAUAUACUGGGAAUACUUUCAAAUAAGAGGACAGUGCUAAGGCAGAGCUAGAAAGAAAGGCAGCAGGACUUCUUUUCAGCUCACAGCAUUGAUCGAAAUUGUACCAACUUGUUGUUUAGCCAAUUAAGAGCUGCCUUCAAUGGCCGCUGAAAAGGAGAUGCAGGCGCAUGACAUGGUUCGAAGGCGGAGCUGGGCGCGUGCUGUGGCACUCUACGAUCAAAUACUCUCAGCCAGUGCAGCUCCGCAGCCACAACCACAAGGGCAGUCAAAUGGAACGACACGAGCGCAGAAGGAUCAGCAAAUCGCGUGCCUGCUGGGUCGCUGCGAGUGUCUACUGGAGUUAGGUAGAUACGAAGGCUGUCUGCAAGAUGCAUACAAAGUGCUGACACUGCUUUCAGAGCAGACGGAGUGCUUGGCAAGCGUCUCGCGAGCGCGUCGUUGGCUGGUUCACGCCCUAUUUAAGCUGCACAAGUACUCGGAUGCAGAACACUUUCUGAGUAAGUGGAUAAAUGAAUUAAGUGGCCAGCAAAUUUUUUCGGACAUAUCGAAGACUCUAGAGCGAUACAAAUCCAUCAUUCAGAUGAUUAUGAAUGGGCAGAACAAACUACAGACGCAAUCGCAAAAAAUUCCGCAUGCACGCCUUGAGGAUGAGAUGGCAAUACUGGACACUAAGCUCGAUCAUUGGGCCACGAACAAUUUGCCGUUGGACAAGUAUAGCAAACUACUUAGCAACAAAGGAUUAAAGAAACGCGAGCAACAGCAACAGCAACAUCAGCAGCAACAGCAACAGAAUGGUAGUGGCAGCUUCAGCAGUAGCAGCAGCAGUACUGGUAGUAGCAGCACGAUGUCCAGUUCCAGCUUGAACACCAAGAACAUUGAAUUGCUAUCGGCGAUCAAACUAACUGGUGUUAAGCAUUCAUCAGUGGAUGCGGGAGCUGACUCAGAUCAAGCAGCGCACUCAACAUCUACAAUAACAUGCAGUUAUUGUGCCAUCAACUUCCAAACACGGAACGAGUUGAGGCAACAUUGCCAGACUGAAAGCCACCAGAAAGUGAUAAUGAGCGAUGAGGGUCGCGACUGGAAAUGGCGCCCCCCACCUCGGGGUUACACGCUGGACACUUACAGCGUCUGCGAGACAUUCGCGGAAGCGCAGACAUGCCAUUACGGAGCUCAAUGUGUGGAGGCGCAUGGGUUGGACGAACUGAACGAGUGGAAGGAACGAUUCGAGUAUCGGCGAAUGCGUGUACAAAAGGCUUGUGAGAAGGAACUGUAUGGAAAGUCAUACACGGAACAAGUGCUCGAACGAUGGAUUCAGGCUACCGCCCCGGAGCGCAUAAUGUGCGAAAAAGUGCCAGACAUGGAAGCGAAAUGCGAGCAGCAAUUGGUUACCAGUAUCAGCUCAAAGACUUCUAAGCGUGAGUGGCUGUUCCAGCUGGAAACAUUGCGACCACUGAAAGCGGUUGCUCUGCUACAGGACGCGCAUCGCAAUCAUUUUGCGAUUAAGGCUAUUAAGCUGAGCCAAUCUACAUCCGAAUCGGAGGUCAACGUAGAAUUAAAGUCUGAUCAGGAGUGGGUGUCUUCUACAUUGCCUGAAAGUCAGGAAGGUUCAACACCAUCUAAACUCGUUAGCGCACACGAAAUUACUGUUGAAUUUCAUACAGAAAUUUACGGCACGUUUCGGCAGUCGAUCUGUUUCGACAUCGGCCAGGAGCCUUUGCUGGUACGUCAUCUUUGCGUUGAUGUGUUACCUGUUAGUGAUGCCGAAAAAAUUGAAGAAAUCAAGCGUGACAUUAUAAAUAGCUCGGCUACACGGUGGGAUAUUUCUAACACCAAGCUGACUCGUUUUGAAACCACUAUUGGGACGCAUCUGAAAACAGAAGCCUAUCUCAGUGACUUGCAGCACGAACGCGAGCUUUUAGAGAGAUACCCUUGUCCCCGUGCUGCCACCUUUACGCUAACACAGUCGACUAUUGUGGAGAAACGACUAACACAAAACAACUACCGUUCACGUAUACACGAGUUACUUUAUGUUGAAGAGAUUGCUCGCUACGAGCAAAUCGCGCGUUAUAACGUGCGUACCCGGCUGACAGUAGCCUCCAAUUAUAUAUUGACGCCGGCGGGCAUGGCAACUAGUACGGCCAAGUAUUCACUGGCUGGUGAACUUUUCGCAUUGAUGCGCCUAGGCAAAGACAUUUCAGAGGAUACUUCGCCGGGUCGCCUGAUUUUAUCCAACUGCAUCAGCGUCUAUAUUUCAGCGCCGGAGGAAACAACAGCUAAAUCCGAUAAAUCUGAACAGCGCGCUGUGUAUGAAGCACUUAUUGAGGACAAGGGCAAGAAUGUAAUAUAUUUGAAGUUGUCAUCAAAAUGCGUCGAAGCAAUGGGCCUGCAAGCGGACACAGAGCUCGACGUAGAUAUACAGUUCCAACUUAAUCGUAUGCCCUACUGUGAGUGGCACAAUGCUGUGGACAAGAUAACCGACUUUCGUUUGAUAUUUCCAGCAACUGAGCUGGAGCCAGCCAUACCAUGGACUCCUAAAAAGCAAUGGGCUGAUGCCUGCGAGCCCAAACUGAAUGCAAAACAGAGGGAGGCUGUCAACGCCAUCACAACAGCUUUAAGUAUUAAGCUGCCACCUAUUUUACUUAUUGGACCGUUUGGCACGGGCAAAACAUAUACCCUGGCACAGGCAAUUAAACAGCUCUUAGCCCAGCCAGAAGCAAAAAUACUCAUCUGCACGCAUUCCAAUUCAGCGGCAGACCUUUAUAUUAAAGAGUACCUGCAUCCGUGGAUAGAAGAAGGUCUCGAGGAAGCGACACCACUGCGAGUUUACUACCAUAAGCGUUGGUCCGCGACAGUGAAUAGUGUGGUGCAAAAAUAUUGCAUUACUGAUGGUGUAGGAAACUUUCGACGGCCUAGUGUUGAAGACAUAAUGCGUCAUCGCAUCAUAGUCGUCACACUGAGCAUCAGCAUGGAGUUGGCUUCGCUUGGGUUGCCCAAAGGUUUAUUCACUCAUAUAUUUUUGGAUGAGGCAGCGCAGGCAAUGGAAUGUGAGGCGAUUAUGCCGCUGGCUCUAGCAAACGAUGCCACUCGAAUUGUAUUGGCUGGAGACCAUAUGCAGAUGAGUCCCGAGCUCUUCUCCGCGUUUGCAAAGGAACGCAAAUUGCAUAUUUCACUGCUUGAACGACUAUACGACCACUACCCUUCAAACUUUCCCUGUAAAAUUUUGCUCUGCGAGAACUAUCGUGCGCAUGAAGCCAUUAUACGAUUCACCUCGGAGUUAUUUUAUGAGCAGAAGCUUGUUGCCUCUGGCAAGCAGCCACGUCAUGAACGUUUUUAUCCUCUAACAUUUUUUACAACGAGGGGCGAGGAUGUACAAGAUAAAAACUCGACAGCGUUCUAUAACAAUGCUGAGGUCUAUGAAGUAGUUGAACGUGUUUCAGAGCUGCGUAAACGUUGGCCAAGCGCUUGGGGCAAGCUGAAUGAUACAAGCAUCGGCAUUAUGACGCCUUAUGCAGAUCAAGUUUUUCGCAUUAGAUCAGAGUUGAGGAAACGUCGAAUGGGCGGAAUCUCCGUGGAACGCGUUCUCAAUGUGCAGGGCAAGCAGUUCCGUGCUGUUUUUCUGUCUACUGUGCGAACAAGACGCACAUGUUUGCCACAAGGAAGCAGCCCCGGUGUUGGCGGUGCUACCAUUGCUGCAGACAGUAUAGGUGAUGCUGAUACAGAUUAUGGUUUUUUAAGCAACUCAAAGCUUCUAAAUACUGCGAUCACGCGAGCUCAGUCCUUGGUUGCUGUCGUCGGCGAUCCGGUUGCUCUCUGCUCAAUAGGCCGCUGUCGCAAGGUCUGGGAGCGUUUCAUUGAAAUAUGCGAUGAGCACAAGUCACUGUUUGGGUUGACUUGGUCUAACUUGCGAUCCCAGCUUGAUGGCGUCGAAAUGAAACGCGGCUACGUCCUCAAUCCGUUAGCUCCCGAAUUUGUUCCUCGUGCUCUACAGCCAGAGGCAUACUUACGCGAGCAAGCAGCUCUGUACCUAAAUGCUCCAGCACACGCGCCAUCUGGCAGUCAGCCACCUCAUUAUGCUGCCUCCGCUGGCAUGGGUCCCGGGCCGUCCGCGCAUCAGAUGAAUCAAAUGGCCGCAGCAAUGGCUGCCAACCAUAUGUAUUCCACUCAUAUGGCUGCGAUGAUGGCAGCAGCAGUGGCCGCUGGCGGUAAGUCUUCCAAUGGACCGUCGCCAGGACCAGGUCCGGGACCUGCCGGUCAUAUACGUGGUCAUAUGGGAAUGCGCGGGCCGCCGGCUAAUGGUCCGCCGCCUGUACCGCCACAUUUGCGACAGUCUCAGCCAGGAAGUGGAGGACCUCCGCCCCCGCCUUAUGGCCAGUACACAGCUAUGCAACAUUGGCGGCCACCCGUUGCCCCACAGCAGCCGCAACAGCAGCAGCAGAAUCCCAAUGCCAGUCUCUGGGGUCCACCACCGCAAACAAAUCCCUGGAGCGUAUUACCGCCGAAUAAGCAGCCGCCGCCUCAGCAGUCAAAUGCUCCUGGUCGCGGUCCUGGACCUGUACCUCCACCAGCCCUUCGAGGAGGCAGCGUUCCACCAGCUGCAGCAAACGCAACCACUGCUGCGCAACUGCUAAGGAAUCCAAGCGAACUGGGUUACUUAGCUAAAAAGACGCUUUACAACCACGGCCAGGCGCCACCACCUCAACAGUCCCUGCCACCACAACAUCAUCUGUAUGGACAGCCACCAAUACCAAUUCAACGUGGGGGUAGCGUGCCCAACGGACCGAUGAGUCCGAUGGAAAAUGGCCCACCACCUUAUCUGCGUCAUAAUGGCACUGCGGCGGGUUAUGCCAGCUACGAAAAGUCCGCGGGUCCGCCACAGCAACCCCCACCUGCCCCUUAUAUGUACACGGCUGGCAAACAGCCGUCGCCCAGCAGCUUGCGCUUUCCGUCUGCGCACGAGCUACUGCCUCCCAAUAUGAGCAUAUACGAAAUGGCGUUCAGUUCAAAGGAAGAACAAUAUAAGUGGUAUCUUAAGCUACUUGAAUCUGCGGGUCAAGAGGCAGCCAACAAGUUCGGCGAUAUGCUUCGCCAAGUGAUGACCACGUUGCAGCAACAGGGUCACCAACCGCAGCAUCAUCCGCAGGGACACAAGCCCCAGCCACCGGUAGUACCAGGACCGCCGAUGAUAUCUAAUCCGCAUGCUGUUAUGGGACCACAGCCCCAGAGAGGACAGUAUCCGGUGAUGUACCCCACACAAGCGCAGAACCUCAAUCAACAGUCAGUGGAGUCUUCGCCUCCCUUGGACAAUUUUAAUCAGCAAAUAGAUCUUGUCUUCAAUUCGAUUAUGAAUGGAGCCAAUGACAUUGCGCAACCAAUUUUACGUGAUGUACUUGGCAUGGUGGGCGUAACAACAACGACAGCGGGUACAGGGGUCAUGCCGCUGUCAAAUGGUAUGAUGAAUGGCGGAGACUUACAGCAGCAACAGCAUCAGCAGCAACAACAACAACAACAGCAGCAACAGAGUCGGCUCUUCAAUAUGAUGCAGGGGCAACAACAGACACAACAAGCACCUCUGACUAUGGGAAAACAUGGACCAAAUCCUGGUCAAAUGCAGCCGUUAGCUAUGUAUGCCAACCACAUGACUGGACCGAUGCAGGGAGCAGGUAUCCACCCAGGCUCUAACAGCAACCCUGGAGUCUCUAACUUUAUGAACAAUGCCGGAAACUCUUUGCUGAAUGACAAGCCGUUUAACAAUUUCAAUAAUCAUAACAAUGGUGGACACAACAGCAAUGGUCUUCAUAAUAAUGGCAGUUCUGUCCCGCUCUACCGCCGACAGGCAAUGACGGGCAAUGGGGGCAACAAUUACAACAACAUGCCCGGUCUUUUUGCCGGUUUAGACACGAGCGCUAACCUGAUUGAGGUCUUGUUCCAAGCUAAUAAUGCGGGGACCGAGCACUCGAACAAGUCUGAUCACGGUCAUGGCCUGCUCUACAAUAACUACAAUGCAAUUAAGAGCGGACAUGACUUAGACUUGUUCUCCAGCGUGCCACAGCAGACUGCUCAGUCCUCUACCGACCCCGUCAAUCAUCAGCAGUCCUCAGCUACCACAUAUGCGGCUGUGCUAAGUCAAGGACCGCAAGCGGCUUCAGCACACCAGCAACCAACAAUGAACUCGGCACGGCCUCUGCAUCCAUCGAAAUCCUCCCUACCAGCGAAUGACAUGGAAAAGGAUCCAUUUGCGGCCAUACGAGAAUUGGGACAGGCUACUUCUGGCUUUUACAACUACUUUCAGUGAUCACGUGUAAUGGACGUCGUUGAAUGCCGCCGCCUGCUGCAUGUGGCAUCAACGUCAUAAUUUAAAGACUUUAGAGUCUUGAAGAAACAAACAAAAAAAAAACCAAAAAAACCAACAAAAAAAAUGGAAAAAUUAGAAAAACUCAAAAACAUAAUGAAUUGCUUGUUAAUUUUAGCUCUCCCAUUUGCUUUUUUAAUCGCAAUUAAUUUAAAUAUGUAGAUUUAAUUAUUAUUACAAUUAUUAUAUAUUAUAUGCAUAUAAUUAGAAGUUACAAAUGCCGCAGCAGGCCGUUCCGCCCUAUGCACGCCCUUGGCGCUGUCAUUUCGUAUGUCGCAGGGUCGCUCUGAGCACCCAGCCCUUGAAACUAAAAAAUAAAAACAAAAAUAAUCUUAAUAAAAAAAAAGCAGAAAAAAACUACAGAAAUAAAAAAAUACAAAAAAAAAACAAUUAGAUAGUUCUUAAGGUAAUUCAACCAAGUUUGUAUUUUAUAAUCAUUCUAUUAGUCGUAGAUUACAUGCUACGAGAAUAAUGUUCAGUUUGGCCUAAGUGCGCUUGAGUUAUAAAUACAUAUAAAUAUAUAUUGUACCUUGAGUAUUGUACAGCAGUUGACCAUUCGAAAAAUUAGAAACUGAAAAUUUAUCAUGUACUCAAAUACAUUAUUAACUGUCUUUA